CACAUUAUUACCACCUAUAAAACCCAUUCACAUAACCGUAACACAUCACACAUUUCUUCAUCUCGUAGCUUAAUCACAAUCUUCAUCUCACAGAGAGUUUUUUGUUGAUUUUUUCUUUGAAUCAAGAUGUCUGGACGUGGAAAAGGUGGAAAAGGUUUGGGAAAGGGAGGAGCAAAACGACACCGUAAAGUGCUUCGUGAUAAUAUUCAAGGAAUUACGAAACCUGCAAUUAGGCGUUUGGCUCGUAGAGGUGGAGUGAAACGUAUAAGCGGUUUAAUCUAUGAAGAAACUCGUGGUGUUCUUAAGAUCUUUUUGGAGAAUGUGAUUCGUGAUGCUGUUACUUACACUGAGCAUGCUAGGAGAAAGACUGUUACUGCUAUGGAUGUUGUUUAUGCUUUGAAGAGACAAGGAAGGACUCUUUAUGGAUUUGGGGGUUAGGGUUAGGGUUUGUGAUUCUGUUGUUUUUUGUUGGAAUUUGUGGUGUUUUUUGGGUAGGGAAAUGGAAAAGUCUUGCUGUCAAGAAAAUUUGGCAAGAGUUUUAGUUUGGAUUGUAGGUGGUGUUUUUAGGGUAAAGAUUUAGGGGGUAAUUAUUUUGUGUAUUUUGGUGAUAGUUAGCUUAUGAUUUCAUGGUGAAACUGUUGUGUAACUAGUUGUUGCAAUGAAGUGAAUUUCUGUUUCA